GCGCGACAAUGAUGCUAAAGGUAUUGCGAUAUUGUGAAGCUGUCAAUAUAUGGAUUUACUACUUCUUAUACAAUUGAUUUCAACAAAGCAGAAUUGUAUAAGACAAUUUAGAUUUGAAGUUUCAUUACAAUUUGAGACAUCUUCUUAAGUUGCUUUUUUUCAUAUAUAUAAACAUUCAACAAUUUGACAUAAUCUUAUAGCAUAUCUUCUCAUUUGUGAAAAGGAAUGGCGAAUACAUGUGUGAAUUUAAUGAUUUAAGAACCAUAUGUGGAAAAAGUGUAUAUUGAUCUGAAUAUCAAGGACAGACAUUUCAUUAAAUUGUCAUACAUCGGAAUGGAAUGAAGUAAACAUGUUACAUAUAUUCCAGUUAAAGAAAAAUUUCAUGUUCAAGUAAUGAGGUGAUUUAGCAAGACACCGUUCUGACAUCAAUAAAAUUAACAACUAAAAUCUGGCUGAACUUGCUGGCUUUGAAAAAAAAUAAAAUUGAUUUCAGUCGAUUAAACAGCUGCAACAGUUAGCUAGAACAGAAUUCUGUUCUCACUGAAGCGUCGACAGAAGUUUGCUCUUUGCACACCUAUGAAAUGCCUCUCGACUCUUGCAUAUUUUUGUACAUCUAUUUAAUGGUUUUAUGCAUAUGGUUUUUAGUACGAUCUGCAAGAAAAACUGUCUAAGUAAAAUGUGUUGUUUUUACAAUCUGCAUAAAUGCGUGUCUGCCAAAACCAAAAAUGUGUCAAUUUGUUUAUUAACAAUGCUUGCACAUGCCAGUCUUUAAAAUCUAUAUGCGGUAAAGAAACUUUUAAAAGGAAAUGAAAAGCGCCCAAUCAAAAAGUCAUGGCAACAGGCUAUCAAAAUGGUUGAAAAUUGAUUUCCUGGUAAGGACGUCUAGGAGAAAUGUUAAUUUUGCACUACUAAUAUUUCUUAUAGUCUACAUUUUAUUGUCUCAACUCACCAGAAAAGUUUUUGUAACAACCGUUCAUCAGCCGGGUACCGAAGCUGUUGAUGUAAAAUCUAUUACACUUAAACCAGGGCUAAAAGAGAUGAUCAAUUCAACAGAAAAGAACGUUCCGUCCAUGUUUAAUAUAGGAUACCUCCUCCAGAACAAGCAUCUCUGUUCUUCAUCUGAAAUAGUCGAUGCUGCAGUGAUGGUCUACACUGCGACAGCAAAUUUUGAAAGACGCAAAAUAAUGCGAGAGACGUGGUUAAAUAAAACGCUUUUAUCAAAUCUAGGAACAACAAAGUUUAUCUUCCUUUUGGGAACAGCAAAUGAACAAGAGUUGCAAUCUGAAAUUGAUAAAGAAUUCAAACAGUAUGGGGAUAUACUACAAGGUGAUUUCUUAGACACCUAUGCCAACCUUACAUUAAAAGGAAUAAUGGGGCUCAAAUGGUUAUCAGAAAACUGUAAAAAUGCUAAAAUCCUGAUCAAAGCUGACGAUGAUAUUGUUAUCAACGUUUUCAGAUUUUAUGAAGAAGUUGUCCCAGAAAUGAAGCUGCAUGAUCGGCAAGUCUUCUGUUGGAGAAGUGCAAGAAGUAUCAUAUUCCGCGGAGUAAGACAUAAAUCAUACUUGCCAAAGAACUAUUUUUAUGGUCAACAUUCAUACCCAUUAUACUGUAAGGGACCAUUCGUGUUUAUGUCAUUUGACCUUGUUCCACUAAUUCUGAAGUCGGCAUCAAUUACUCCAUUCCUUUGGUUAGAAGAUGUCUACCUAUAUGGAUUGGUCAUGCAAAACAUACCUGGUAUAAGUUACAAACAAUAUAGGAAAGGGUAUGACUUUCAUUUAGACAUAGCAAAUGUAAUGGAAUGUUUUAACAGGACAGCAUGUGAGAUGUUUGUAGCAGGGGUCUCCCAUGAAGGAGAAAUGUUACCUAUUUGGACUUCUAUGUUAAAACAGAGCCACCGAAUAUGAUCUAAUAUUAUUGCUUAUAAAAUGUUGUCUAAGAAGCAAAUAAUAUCUUUAAUUGUUUAAAAUGAAUUAUCUUAUCACGUUUACAAGUGAAAUCUGUAGAUGUCUUUAUUGUUUGAUGAAGAUUAUUAUGUUUGAAUGUACAUUUUAAAGAAAAAAAUACUGAAUGACUUUAAUGAAGUGAAUUCAAGCAUAGAUUAAUUAAUUGGUUAAUUGUUUGGUUGACAAUUAGUUAGUUGGUUGUUGUUUUUUUGUGAAUUUGAUUUGUUGGUUUGUUGCUUGAUUGAUUGAUUGAUUGAUUGGCUGAUUAAAUGAAGAGGUGACAAUUGUAAAAGUUAUCUUAACAAUUCUAGAAAAUGACUGUUGCUUGCUUGAUUUCCUUGUAUUGCUACCUUGCUUGCACCAUUACUUUAUUUCUUCUUUAUAAUUUAUUUCUGUUUAUGUUAUGUUGUUAAAUGUAAGUUUCUUUGGUUCAACCUUUGUCAUGUAUUGUUUAAAACUGUAUGACAUUUAAUCAUUAAAAUAACCGAGGUUAGGACAUAAAAAUGUUCCAAUUUUCAUUAUCUCUUUUGGACAGACUUAUUUCAACUGGGUCUUCUUUUUUAGUUGUAUUCGUUCCCCGCCCCCAUUUCUUUGAUUUCGAAGGAUCUUCUCUAUCCAUUUGAUUACUAUCAAAUGUUACUUAUUUGCCCUCCUGAAUCAUCUUCAAAAAGGGUGCUUUUUAAACUGUAAAUUGAUAGAUUAAAUUAACGUUCAUUUAUCAAAACCAUUGUUCAAUGUAUUGUUUUUGUUGUUGCUUUUUAUAGUAUAUCAUUUUAAUUAUACAAUAUAUUGAUAAAGUAUAUACUGAAUAUCACUUUAAUAGUAUGAAAAUAUGAAGCAAAAAUUUUGUUUUUGUUUCAAAUGACAUUUAUUCCUUCCAGCUUGUUGCAUCAAAUUGACAACAUUGGCAACUUGAUUGUAUUUAUCUAUGCAUGUUUUUAAUUGUGAAUAAUUUAGUAAAAAUAGCAUUGUUGGUUUCCAGCGAGGUUGGAAUGUAUUUAAA